AUCUCGCGAGAUCUAGCAUUCCGCCGCUUGCCCGAGCCAGCAUAUCUCGCGAGAGUUGCGCGGGGGAGGAGGCGAGGGCACGGCCUGAGGUGGGAGGGGACGGCCAAGAUGGCGUCGGAGGGCGAGCUGGGCAGGAAGUGGGACCGGUGUCUGGCCGACUCCGCCGUCAAGCUGGGUGCUGGAUUUGGAUUAGGAAUUGUUUUCUCAGUCAUCUUCUUCAAAAGAAGGACAUGGCCUAUUGCUUUUGGGUCAGGGAUGGGAUUAGGAAUGGCUUAUUCCAAUUGUCAACAUGACUUCCAGUCUCCGUAUCUUCUCCAUGGUAAAUUUGUAAAAGAACAGUGACUAAUGACUAAGACUAUCCCAGUGGGAAGGAAGGAGAAAUCAAUGAUUAUUCCUCAGGAAUACUGAAGUGCCCCUGGAAUAAGCCAACAUUCUUCAGUAACGAUCACCAGUAACUCUUUAUACUCCAACAAACUGUUUCUGUACAUGAAACAAAGUUCUGUUGCUUGUUUUGUAUCAUGUCUGGAAAGUGCAAGGAAGAGCUCUUCUGGGAAAUAAAUAAAGGAAAAAUGGCCUUC